AUGGCCGACGUCGAAUACCUGCAAAGUGUCAUUCGACUCCAUGCCGAUUUUCCCAAGAAGGGUAUCAGCUUCCUCGACAUUUUCCCUAUACUCCGCAAUCCAAUCACGUUCGAGACACUCAUAACACAUUUUGUUUAUCACAUCACGUCGCAAACUAUACCAAAAUCACUGCACAAAAAAGUUGAUGUCGUAGUCGGCCUAGACGCUCGAGGAUUCCUCCUUGGGCCUAUCAUUGCGCUGCGACUGGGAGCAGCAUUUGUACCUGUUCGUAAACAUGGCAAGCUCCCGGGAGAGUGUGUCUCAGCGACCUACGAAAAGGAGUAUGGUGCUGAUACCUUCGAAAUGCAAUCAGACGCCAUUCAACCUGGGCAGUCCGUGAUUAUUGUAGAUGAUCUAAUUGCCACCGGGGGCUCUGCCAAGGCUGCUGGCGAGCUCGUCAAGAAGCUAGGCGGGGUGACAAUCGAGUAUCUCUUCAUCAUCGAGAUAAUGUUUCUUAAGGGAUACCAGUGUUUGGAUGCCCCCGCAUACUCUAUUAUUCAAUACUUGGAUUGA